AUGGAAGACUUCAACAACACAGCAGUGAAGGAAUUCAUCCUCCUAGCAUUUUCCAGGUUCCCCGAGUUGCAGGUUCUCAUUUUCAUUGUAGUCCUAGUCAUGUGCAUGAUAAGUGUCCUCGGGAACUUGUCUAUUAUUGUUCUUGUUAAGACUGAACAUUCGCUUCAUACCCCUAUGUAUUUCUUUAUCAGUGUCUUUGCAGGAUUAGAAAUUCUUUUUAUGUCUGUCACCAUACCCAAAUUACUAGCUAAUCUCGUUGCCGACUACAAAAACAUUGCUUUCAUUGAGUGUUUUGCUCAGCUUUAUGCUUUUAACGCUUUCGGAGUAACAGAAUGUUGUCUUCUUGCUGUCAUGGCCUUCGAUAGAAACUUAGCAAUUAAUAACCCACUACGAUAUGGGGCCAUUAUGAACCCCAGAUUAUGUUUAAUGUUAGCUGCAAUUCCAUGGGUCGGUGGCUUUGUCAUUGGGAUCAUCCCUAUAAUAUUCACUGCAGACCUGGAUUUCUGUGCUUCCAAAGAGGUCAAUCAUUUCUUCUGUGAUUUGGCUGCUCUUCAAAAUCUGUCAUGCUCCGACCCUAUCAUCAGCAAUGUAGCAACAAGUAUAAUAACUGUAUUUGCUGGGCUUGCACCUUUCAUGCUUAUUAUAGGGCUUUAUAUCCAUAUAAUUAUAACUAUCUCCAGAAUUAGGAAUGUCGAUGGUAAAAAGAAAGCCUUCUCCACAUGCUCGUCCCAUCUUAUUGUAGCCAGUUUAUUUUAUGGAACUGUGAUCCUUAUGUACAUCAGACCUUCAUUCAGCGAUUUGGACAAGUUCAUUGCCCUCAUAUACACUGUUCUCAUCCCAUUUCUAAACCCAUUUAUUUAUACACUGAGAAACAAAGAUGUAAAGGAGGCCUUCAAAAAAUUCAUAUUUCCAAAACAUAAUUUUAAAGAAACGAGCAACUAA